CAUAUUUCAGGCUUUAGAGCCAGACUACCGUUACGAGGUGUUGGGGAAUCUAAAUAUACACAUCAUUUCCUAAUUUGGAAUAAAAAAAAAGGGGUUAUAGAAACGUGUCAUGUUAAAAGCUGCUGUGGUUGUGUUUCUACAGCUACAUGCAGCAGAGGGAUAGUUUUCCUUCCCCAGCUGUUCAGAGAUGUCAUGGUUCAGCCACGUGAGUCAGGGCGCGGAUCAGCCCACUGACCACAGACUCAUCCCGGCCAGCUCCUUCAGCCCCGUAAACCCACCGGGGAGUUCACCCACCCCUGAUUUAUCCACCCCGAGCCUUGAUGACUUCCCACCAGCUCCUCACGGAGCUGCCAGUCUGGAGAGCCAGUCCUGUCGAGGCUCAGCCCGGUCCUCGGACCCGGGUCCGGGUCCCAUCUCCUACGUGACCCUGCAGGAGCAGCGCUGCGUGCUGAGCUGGUUCCAGGCCUGGACGGCCGCGCACAGGGAGAGGUUCCUGCAGGACCUGCUUGGGAAAGCUGUGCCGGGCAAGGUGUGCACCCUCCUGCAGUCCCUCACCACCCUGCAGGUGAAGGACAGGCUGCCCAACAUCUUUGAAUGCCAGCUGCGCUUGUGGAGCCAGUGGUUCGAGUCUUGGGGAGAAGACGAGAGGAAUCAUUUCCUGCACCUGUUGGAAGAGUGUGACCCAGUGUUUGUUGCCCACUUCUACAGGAGUGUAGCUGGCACUGCGGGAAGAGACUGAACCGUGUUUCCAUGUAUUCCAUUGCAUUUGAAUGCAUAUUCCUUAUUUGGAGACAUUUUUUGUAAUUUUAUUCAGUGUGUAUGCUAUUUUUACUGACGUUUAUACAAUUUCCAAGGGCUGCAUCACACAGUGCUGUAACUUUCUCACAAAGCCAGUGUUUGGGUGUCAAAGCUUAUUAAUAAACUCAACAAAUCACUGCUGGAAAAAGCUGCUUUCCCUUGUGUUUAUGACUGGCAACAGUAUAGACAAUACAGCUGUGUAUAGUUUUAAUAAAGACAUUAAACUUGUUGCAUUACUGAA